CCGUUGCCGCCAGUGCUGUCAACGAGGGAGUGGGAACGCCGAGGGACUUGGUGCCUCGGGGCUCCUCCCACCACUACCUACGCGCGUUCCUCCGUCGCGCAGGCGCCUUCCGGCCAUUACGCCUGCGUACUCGGCGCCCUCCCGCCCGUGCCAUGAAGGUUUUGCGGCGCGCUUGGCGGCGCCGAGUGGCGCUGGGCCUGGGUGGCCUAGCGUUCUGCAGCGCCGCGCUGCUGUACCUAGCGCGCUGUGCAUCCGAAGGCGACACGUUCGCCGCCGCUGCAGCCGCUCAGCCCCGCGCCCAGGCCUUCCUGGCAGUGCUAGUAGCCAGUGCGCCGCGCGCCGGUGAGCGCCGUAGCGCAGUGCGAAGCACGUGGCUGGCAAAGGGGCGGCGCGGCGGCCCCAGCGACGUGUGGGCGCGUUUCGCCGUGGGCAUGAGCGGCCUGGAGCUGCAGGAGCGGCGCGCGCUGGAGCGCGAGCAGGCACAGCACGGUGACCUGCUGUUGCUGCCCGCCCUUCGCGACGCCUACGAGAACCUCACGGCCAAGGUCCUGGCCAUGCUGACCUGGCUGGACGAACACGUGGACUUCGAGUUCGUGCUCAAGGCGGAUGACGACUCUUUCGUGCGCCUAGACGCUCUCCUGGCCGAGCUGCGCGCCCGGGAGCCCGCGCGUCGCCGCCGCCUCUAUUGGGGCUUUUUCUCUGGGCGGGGACGCGUCAAGCCCGGAGGUCGCUGGCGAGAGGCUGCCUGGCAACUCUGCGACUACUACCUGCCCUAUGCGCUGGGCGGUGGGUACGUGCUCUCCUCGGACCUGGUGCACUACCUGCGUCUCAGCCGCGAGUACCUGCGUGCGUGGCAUAGUGAGGACGUGUCGUUGGGCGCCUGGCUGGCACCGGUGGAUGUGCAGCGCGAGCACGACCCACGCUUCGACACCGAGUACAAAUCUCGCGGCUGCAGCAACCAGUACCUGGUGACGCACAAGCAGAGCCCGGAGGACAUGCUGGAGAAGCAGCAGAUGCUGCUGCGAGAGGGCCGGUUGUGCAAGCGGGAAGUGCAACUGCGCCUCUCCUAUGUUUAUGACUGGUCGGCACCACCUUCACAGUGCUGCCAGCGAAAGGAGGGCAUCCCUUGAUGUCAUUGCAGACGUUGUAGCCUCUCUCAGCAUGGGAAAAUCUAGUCGAUGGUCUGGUGUGAGCUCAGCCUUCCAAGGGAACCUCAUUUAUCUAGUUAUUGUCGAAAAAUUGAUGGCCACUGGCAGCUUACAAUAUCCAGCCCAGCUCCCAGCAGUUCACCUGCCUAGGGUGUGCACAUUAGUGGUCCCAUAUAAGGCCUGCCCAAUGGCAUCUGGCUGUGGGGUUGGACACUUCAUCCCAACUCCCACCCAGUGCAGUGCCACUAUCAGCCAGUUGGAGUAUGAGGCCAGGGCACUUCUCCAACAUGGGGAGCCUGCAGCUUCCCCAGUCUGCCCCUACUUGCACUGUACAGCUCACUGCCCAUCUUGAAUGCCCUGCACAGCACUCUCCAUAGACUGACCUGCACUGUAUGUUGAACUCAGCUGUGUAUUACCCUCCAAAUAUCAUUUGCCAAAAUUAAUGUAUUGUUUGGA